AUGCCCGAAAUGCGUAUAUCGCUUGGAACGAGCGCGAGUGAAGGGGACCAGGAGCUGCAGGUCGAGAGAUGCAAGGAGACGGACCCUGGAGUAGAAAAGCGAGAGGAAAUGCUGGAGAGGAAAGGUGAAGGUGUGAGGUUAUCAGGAUCAGGGCCAGGGUCGGUUCAAAAACAAGAAGUGAAGUUCUCCAUGUCCAGGAUUCACGGAAAGCGCGAAGAAAAGGGCGGGGAGGUAGUUACCCAACGUCACAGAGGUGACAACAGUUGCGGGAUGGUAGUACAGCAAGAGAGCACAAAGGUGAAGUCCACGGCAGACAGGCGAGACAGAAGAAGAAGACGUGGAUGA